UUGGCUCAUCAACAUAAGUAUCGAUUGCACAGGGAAACCAAUAUUGUGUUGGUCUUAUCAUUAUGAAUUCAUAGUGGCCACUCAUCUUUAGUCCCUACGAUUUACUGGUAGUACCAAGAAUGUGGACGAGGGGAAGAUGAGAUUCAAUAGUCCUAAUAUGCACAAUAAUGUCUCAUUAUAUGAGAGCAGAGAAGAAACAAUUCUUCAGGAACGCCCAAGAUUAUAUUAUCAGGCCGUUGAUGCGACAAAGGGAGACGGGACAGCUAUGCGACGUCGUUCUCCUGAUAAAUGGAAGACUAUACCAUGCACACCGUGCUAUAUUAGCGCUAUGGAGCCCUUAUUUUCUGUCCAUGUUUACAUGUGAAAUGAGAGAGAAAUCGUCUAGCGAAAUAGAUCUAUCCGAAUCACUCUUGUUGGAAGACGACGCCGUAUUUAGCAGUGUGCUAGACUAUAUGUACACGGGGUCACUGACGGUCAGUAUUUCAAACGUUGAUGAUAUACUCAGAGUGUCAGACUUUUUACUGUUAGAUGACGUCAAAGACUACUGUCAACAAUUUUACCUUGACCUUGGUAACUUGGAUCUCAGUAAUUGUUUGCGAGUGAAAUUUUUAACUGAAAAUCAUAAUUUGCUUGAAGUAAGUGAAGCGUGUCAAAAGAUAAUUGAAUCUCGUUUCCAUGACUACCUCAUACACAAUGAUGAAAUUCUGGACAUGCCUCCCCCAUACUUUUUCCAGUUGCUGGAGGAUCCAAGAACAGUCCACCAGACAAGUUACAAUGAGUUGAAAAGACUGAUCACACGAUGGGUUGACUACUGUAAGGAAAGCAGAGAGAUGUACAAGAGUGAUCUGUGUGCCUGUAUCAAAUUAUGGGUGUACGACACAGGGGACAGUGCUACAACCAUCUUGGGGCAAGGUAUAAAGCAGCGGGACCUGUCCAUCUUCAUGCAGUCAUCUCUCUCAGAUGCAAUCAGGAGAGAUGCUGAAGGACACAUGUCAUGCAUGUUGAAAGAAAAUGUCCUUCAUGAGUCAAUUAGCGUGAAUGAUACAAUUUGUCCAGUUUUGUAUACAGUGAUUUGCAAUCAAGGUAUGAAAUUCCUCAGAAUUUUAGUCUACAGCAUAUACAGUCAAAAAUGGUUUCAGUUUCCAAUUAGCAGUGAAAAGUUGUCUCAGAUGAUACCAUCAAGGCAAACAGUUUGUAGCCUGGUAGCCCACAGAAACUGUCUUUACAUGUACCUUUGUCCAAGCUUCCCUUACCCUUCUGACAUGUUGAAAAUCAACAUCUUGGUUGUUGACCUCCUGAAAGGGCAACCAGCUGUGUAUUCAUUCCGCACAGCCGACUACUACAACCCAACAUACCGAACAACACUGACCAACUACCGCUCAGUGCCACCAGCUGUGGCAGUGUGUGGCCACAAUCUCUAUGUUAUUGGUAACAAGGAAGGGGCAGGCAACUUGUUCCAGUGCAGCCUAACCAAUCAUCAAUAUAAGUGUCAUCAAAUCCCUGGUGCCCGUUUCAUCAGUUUAGCAAGAGCAGCUGUCCGAAAUGACAGAUUCAUCUUUCUGUGGUUCCGUCAUCGCACUGGGCCUUCAGAGGAAUUCUGCAUCAAGAAAUCAGUUGGUUUUGUAAUGUUCGAUACAAAAUCAAAAGUAUUUAAUUCCUGGGAAAUCUGUCCACCAGAGAUUUCUUAUGAUGAUUUUGUGAAGCCGUACAUGUUGUGUGUGAGAGAUGACACAGUUCUCAUCUAUCAUCCUGGGAAACCAGCGCUAGUCUUAGAUGAAGUCAGAUGUAAAUGGGUUACCUCCCUUCGCAAGGUCCCUUCACCUGGAUCACUGACAGAUAACCUAACUGAUAUGUACGGAUAUCAAAUACAGGCAGCUACAGAAAACAGCAUCUUCAUACUCAACAACCCAGCACCGUACACAACUUCACUGCACGAAAUCAGUGAGAUGUAUCCUCAAACCAUUGUCCACAGACCGCCCCCGAUAGACAACAUCUCCCUGGUGACGUUUGGCUACCUGACCAAGUCUGACCUUAUGGAGCUGGAUACUGUGGAAUACUAUGACGAUGCCUAUGCAAACGCUUUGCAGGUCACCAUGCGAUUCUCCGAUCCCGACACGGAUGACAGUGGUACAACUCAUUCUGGGCAUGAUACAGACAAUGACUUUGAAUACGAUGAUGAUAUAUAUGAUUACGACUAUGAUCUCGAUGGAGAGUUUGGCUUUUCACUGUAAUUAGAUGGUUUUCCACCGAUUUUAAUUGUAAAGCUAUUUAGCUGUUAUUGGAUGAUUUACCUUGAUUUAAUUUACCAGUGCAAAUCAUGUAGUACAUUUAAAAUGAAAGAGAGGUAGAUCAUUUCAUUGUCUUACUGCAGUCACAAUACAGAGCUACUACCAUAACAAGGUAUGACUCCAACCUCCAUUACCAUUAUUAAUGUCCAGUGGAUUAUGAUGUUGAAACGAAAAGAAAAAUAAUAAUAGUGUCGAUGGUGGAAUCAAAAGUAAUUAAUUUCUAUCACUAGUGAUGUGCAUAUAUUUCACCAAACAAAGUCAUAUUCCAUAACGGGUAAAGUAGUACCACAGUAUAUAUAUAUGCUAAAUAGGGUCAUUAUUGCUAGUCCUAAGUCUAAAUGCAUUAAAGGGUGCCUAUUACCAUUAAAGGGUGCCUAUUACCAUUAAAGGGUGCCUAUUACCAUUAAAGGGUGCCUAUUACCAUUAAAGGGUGCCUAUUACCAUUAAAGAGUAUCCUUAUUGUUGUGAAAUUGUGUAAUUACGAAAUGGUGUGUGAUGUUACUUAAUGUACAGGUUCUGUGAUAAGUUGUAUCUAAUGCAAGUUAUAAAAAAUAGUUCAUUUAUAAGUUGUUUAAAGAAAUAAAUAUAACAAGAUACUAAGUGUCUUUUUAAAAAUGAAAAAAAAUAAUGAUAGAUAAAUAAACAUGACAGCAAGUUUACUAAGGGACCUUUUUCAGCUAUGAUUAAUGUUCAUAAUGUAUCACUGAAAUACCAUACAUCAUGUUUGUUUCUCUGAAACAGAUGAUUCCUGUUUAAAUUUCCAUGAAGGGAAAGAAUGACCAUGAACCAGUAUGUCACAAUGGAAGACGUUAGUGCAAAACAGUGUUACAUGACAUCAGAUGAUUAAAGAUGGGCCAAAAAAGAAUCACAUCUACAUGUAGGUUUGUUAACUACUUAUCUGUAGUUUAACAUCAAAUGUUUACAAACAGAUCGACUAGAUUACUCAAAACAAUGUUCUAUAGAACGUUACAUUGCUUAAUUAGUGUCUAACAUGCAUAUUACGCAACAUGUUUUUACACAUUUCAUAAUAAUAUUUUAUUUUGCGUCACAUGUUUGAGUAUUUGUUGUUUACAUCUCACCUGUGUACAUCAAACAUCAGAUUGGGAAAAACGGUUCUCAAGGUAUAAUUAUGCAUACAGAGUGGCACUAAAUAUAAAGACAUACAGGAUUAACUGUUUAAAGACAAAUUGCUAUUGAUGGAGUAAAUUAAUUUGUACUAAUAUACAUGUAGAUAAAAGAUUGUUAUAUACAUUGUCAUUGUAAACUGGUUUCACGUUAUAUGUAUCUAACCAUGUUUUUUCCUGCUUCACGUGAUGUAUAAAGGUUAUAAACAGUGGGUAAGUCUGUGGCAGUGUUGGUAGUGGGUAAGUCUGUGGCAGUGUUCGUAGUGGGCAAGUCUGUGGUAGUGUUGGUAGUGGGUAAGUCUGUGGCAGUGUUGGUAGUUGGUAAGUCUGUGGCAGUGUUGGUAGUUGGUAAGUCUGGCAGUGUUGAUAGUUGGUAAGUCUGUGGUAGUGUUGGUAGUUGGUAAGUCUGUGGCAGUGGUGGUAUAUAUAUAUAGUUGGUAAGUAUGUGGCAGUGGUGGUAUAGUUGGUAAGUCUGUGGCAGUGGUGGUAUAGUUGGUAAGUCUGUGGCAGUGUUCGUAGUGGGCAAGUCUGUGGUAGUGUUGGUAGUGGGUAAGUAUGUGGUAGUGUUGGUAGUUGGUAAGUCUGUGGCAGUGUUGGUAGUUGGUAAGUCUGUGGUAGUGUUGGUAGUUGGUAAGUAUAUGGUAGUGUUGGUAGUUGGUAAGUCUGUGGCAGUAUUGGUAGUUGGUAAGUAUGUGAUAGUGUUGGAAGUUGGUAUAUAUGUGGCAGUAUUGGUAGUUGGUAAAUAUGGGGCAGUGUUGGUAGUGGGUAAGUCAGUGGCAGUGUUGGUAGUGGGUAAGUCUGUGGCAGUGUUGGUAGUUGGUAUAUAUCUGUGGCAGUAUUGGUAGAGGAUAAGUCUUAGGCAGUGUUAGAAGUUUGUAUAUGUGGCAUUGUUGGUAGUUGGUAAGCCUGUUCUAUGGUAGUGUUGGUAGUGGGUAAGUCUAACAUUUUUGAUAGAUGGAAAGUCUGUUCAUUGGCAGUGUUGGUUUGUGUGUUGUAUUUGUACACACUUUCAUUGACUUGAUACAUAUAAACACUUUAUGCAAUUUAUUUUUAAUUUACUGCAUCAUUGUAUUCCUAACUCAGUUUUUGAUGCUUUUAGGUGCAAGUGUAUACAUUUCAUCUCUACAAUUUAUAGGCCCUCAUACUACCAUUUCUACCAUAAUUGUGUACAUUUUAGCUUCACAAUUUAUUGGAUCUCGUAUGUCUACCAUUUAUAUGAUAUUUCAUGUCCAUGAACUUGCAAAAUUGGAAUUCCCCCUCUCUCUUUUUAUUUAACCCUUUAGUCAGAGUUAUAGUUAGACUAUACCCCUGCUUCGACAAAGUUGGGAGUAUACAGUGUUCUGUGUGUGUUCGUGCAUGUUUCUGAUCCUGCUGACUGGUGUUUCCGAAGCAUCUCGGGCUCUGUUUCACAAAUUGGCAUCAUACUUGGACUCAGUGGAAGGUGGUAUGUUGCAUCUUAAAAUUAGUUCACUGUGACCUUAAUAUGACCUUUGACCUUGACCUUUAUUGCUAAAAUAUUGGUUCCAUAGCAAAUUUUUAUCGUUUUUGAUAGGGCUUCAAACUUUGUAGAUUUGCAGGGAGCAGGGUUAUCCAUGAAGCCCACACUUGGAGUUAAAUCUAGUUUUUGAUCUUUUUGAACUUGAAGUACAGCAUAGCUGCAGUACAAACAUGAGGCAUAAAAUCAUAUUCACAGUUAGCAAUACCCCCCCGGUAAACGAUAGCAUAACACAUGGGUUACAUACGAAAAUAGUCUGAUUUCAUGUUGUCUUCAUGGGUAAGCCUUUAUAUCCUACUGUAAUAUCUCCUUGUGUAUACCAGUAACAGUAACACUAUGUAAACUUUGAAACUAAUAAUUAAUCUAAGUGGUCACAGAGUGAUAAUAAAGUUUAAUGUCACUGGAACUUUACAAAAUGCCUGUAGCAAAGUAUUGGCUGUUGAUCAUCAUACCUGAGUCACUGUUAGUGUAGCUAACUACAUCCUUAUUUUGAUUUGAAAGAAACAGGUUGGAGCAGAGAUGUAUAUACUACAUGGCUUUAUACAUAUCUGGUUGGAGCAACAAAAUUCUGCACAAAUGUCAAUAUCUUGAGAUUCCUCUUUUACUGCCCGUUCCUACCCCAGCCACACCACUGACAUAAUUUAAAAUUAAUUUGUCUUUAAAUGUUUUACUUUUUACAAAAUAAACUGAUUGACCAAUAUAAUCAAAAUUUCCUGAAAAUGAUUACAUUUACAUCAAUUUCUAAGAUAACAAAAUACAAAGAUAGAAAUAAUUAAAUAAAAAAUUGAAAUGAAUGAUCAGUUGACAUACCUGUAUUUG